CAGUGAUUUACAGAAGGCAGGAGAUAGAAGAGAAAAGAUCUUCAUCACAGAUACAGGACACGCCCCAGAAUCUGCUGCUGGAAAUGAAGUCCAGAAAAAGUUCAAAUUAAAUCUGAUGAAGAAGUUUCAGUGCUUAAAUGAAGUGAUAAUAAAGCAGGAAAACCGAGUGCUCCUGAAUGAGAUCUACACAGAGCUCUACAUCACAGAGGGAGACAGUGGAGACGUCAAUAAAGAACAUGAGGUGAGACAGAUCGAGGCAGCGUCCAGGAGAAAAACAACAGAGGAAACACCAAUCAAAUGCAACGACAUCUUUAAGCCUUUAUUUGAAGAAGACGUAUCCAUCAGAACUGUAGUGACAAAGGGAGUGGCUGGUAUCGGAAAAACAGUCUCUGUGCAGAAGUUCAUUGUGGACUGGGCUGAAGGGAAAGCAAAUCAGGACGUCCCCCUCAUAUUUCCACUUCCUUUCAGAGAGCUGAAUCUGAUGGAGGACCAAAACCUGAGUCUGAUGGAGCUCCUCCAUGUCUAUUUUAAGGAAACCAAAGAAACAGAAAUGUCCGGGUUGGGAAAGGUUCUGUUCAUUUUUGAUGGAUUGGAUGAGUGUCGUUUCCUUCUGGAUUUCCAGAACACAGUGAGAGUGUGUGAUGUAACUGAAUCAGCAUCAGUGCAUGUGCUGCUGAUAAACCUGAUCAAAGGGAAUCUGCUUCCCUCUGCUCUCAUCUGGAUCACCUCCCGACCAGCAGCAGCUGAUCAAAUCCCCUCUGAGUACGUCCACCGAGUCACAGAGGUACGAGGGUUCAAUGACCCACAGAAGGAGGAGUACUUCAGGAAGAGGGUCAGUGAUCAGAGCCUGGCCGAGAACAUCAUCACACACCUGAAGUCAUUAAGAAGCCUCUACAUCAUGUGUCACAUCCCAGUCUUCUGCUGGAUUUCAGCCGCUGUUCUAGAGAGAAUGUUGGGUGAAGCAGAGAGUGGCGAGAUCCCCAAGACUCUGACUCAAAUGUACACACACUUCAUCAUUCAGACAAACAUCAUCAGAGGAAAGUACUCAAAGAAGCAGGAGAGUGAUGAAGAAAUGCUUCUAAAACUGGGAAAACUGGCUUUUCAGCAGCUGGAGAAAGGCAACCUGAUCUUCUAUGAGGAAGACCUGAGAGAGUGUGGCAUUGAUGUGACAGAAGCAGCAGUGUACUCCGGUGUGUGUACGCAGAUCUUCAGAGAGGAGGUUGGGCUUCACCAGAGUAAAGUGUACUGCUUUGUUCAUCUGAGCGUUCAGGAGCAUCUCGCAGCUCUGUAUGUUCAUCUGACCUUCAUGAAGGAAAAGAGAAAUGUUCUUGAUCAGAGUCAGUCCAGUAAUUUGUAUUUUUGGUCCUUUAAGACAAUUUCAGAUGUACACAAGAUGGCUGUAGAUCAGACCUUAAAAAGUCAGACUGGACAUCUGGAUCUGUUCCUCCGCUUUCUUCUGGGUCUCUCACUGAAGUCCAAUCAGAAACUCUUACGUGCCUUAGUAACACAGACAGGAAGUAGCUCCUGGACAAGAAAGAGGAAAACAGUUCAGUACAUUAAGGAGAAGAUCAGUGAAAAUAUUCCUGCAGAAAAAUCCAUCAAUCUGUUCCACUGUCUGAAUGAACUGGGUGACGAUUCUCUAGUGGAGGAAAUCCAACGCUACGUAAAAUCUGGAAAACAAAGUGAACUCUCUCCUUCACAGUGGUCUGCUCUGGUGUUUGUGUUACUGACUUCAGCACAGGAGCUGGAGGAGUUUGACCUGAGUAAAUAUACCAGUACAGAGAAGAUACCAGAUGAGGUUCUUGUGAAGGUGAUGCCUGUGAUUUCAGCAUCCAGAAAAGCAAUGAUCAGUUGUGAUACGAUCAAAGGGAGAAGCGCUGAAGCUCUGGUCUCAGUGCUCAACUCCGAAACCUCCAGUCUGAGAGAACUGCAUCUGACUGUGAGGACACUGGAUCUGUCUGGGAAUAAACUAGAAGACUCAGGAGUGAAGCGUCUCUGUGCUGUACUGGAGAAUCCUCACUGUAAAGUGGAGACACUGAAGUUGUGGGGUUGUGGUGUCUCAGAUGAAGGCUGUGCUGCUCUGAGUUCAGCUCUGAGAUCAAACCCCUCACACCUGAGAGAACUGGAUCUGACUAAUAAUAAUCUGGGAGACUCAGGAGUGAAGCGUCUCUGUGCUGUACUGGAGAAUCCUCACUGUAAACUGGAGAUACUGGGGUUGUGGGGUUGUGGUGUCUCGGAUGAAGGCUGUGCUGCUCUGAGUUCAGCUCUGAGAUCAAACCCCUCACACCUGAGAGAACUGGAUCUGACUAAUAAUAAUCUGGGAGACUCAGGAGUGAAUCAUCUCUGUGCUGUACUGGAGAAUCCUCACUGUAAACUGGAGACACUGAGGUUGUGUGGUUGUGGUGUCUCAGAUGAAGGCUGUGCUGCUCUGAGUUCAGCUCUGAGAUCAAACCCCUCACACCUGAGAGAACUGAAUCUGACUAAUAAUAAUCUGGGAGACUCAGGAGUGAAGCGUCUCUGUGCUGUACUGGAGAAUCCUGACUGUAAAGUGGAGACACUGAGGUUGUGGGGUUGUGGUGUCUCAGAUGAAGGCUGUGCUGCUCUGAGUUCAGCUCUGAGAUCAAACCCCUCACACCUGAGAGAACUGGAUCUGACUAAUAAUAAAUUAGAAGACUCAGGAGUGAAGCGUCUCUGUGCUGUACUGGAGAAUCCUCACUGUAAACUGGAGAUACUGGGGUUGUGUGGUUGUGGUGUCUCAGAUGAAGGCUGUGCUGCUCUGAGUUCAGCUCUGAGAUCAAACCCCUCACACCUGAGACAACUGGAUCUUUCUAAUAAUAAUCUGGGAGACUCAGGAGUGAAGCGUCUCUGUGCUGUACUGAAGAAUCCUCACUGUAAACUGGAGAUACUGGGGUUGUGGCAUUGUGGUGUCUCAGAUGAAGGCUGUGCUGCUCUCGCUUCAGCUCUGAGAUCAAAUCCCUCACACCUGAGAGGCCUGGGUCUGUCUGGGAAUAAAAUAGGAGACUCAGGAAAGAAGCUGCUCUCUGCUCUUAAGGAUGAUGAACAUUACAAACUACAGACACUCUCGGUGUGGUGAACAUCUGUGUGUGAGAUGAAGACUCUGGUGUUCCUGCAUUUCCAUGUUGGGGAACAGACAACACCAUUCAUAAACACGUCAGUCGUUUAGUUCUAACAAAUGAAAGAGACUUGGAGACGUGGUCAGUGUGUGUUCAUGGUGCACAGUGAAUCAGGCUGCACACAAUUCUACACUGAAUGUGGAACAACUUGUGAUCUGCAUGAAACUGCCUGGACCUCAGUCCCUUAAAAACCCUGAAAGAGCAGGUGAAAAAGCACAGGGACUCGAGCUGAACCCAGUCAGUGGAAGAUGGGGCUGAAAUGGACAGGAACAGUUUCAGGACAUUGGUGGGAUUCUCACCUGACAGGAUCAGCAUUUGGGAAGUUAAUCUGAGGAAGCCCCGAGGAGACUCACUACAAGGCGCAUUUAUCACUUUGUCCUUUGGUUGGUAUUUAAUAUACUCACUGAGCACUUUAUUAGGAACACCUGGAUGGAACCGCCUUGUUGAUGAGAGGGUUCACCGGAGAACGGCCAGACUGGUUUGAGCUGACAGAAAGGCUACAGUAACUCAGAUAACCACUCUGUACAAUUGUGAUGAGCAGAAAAGCAUCUCAAAAUGCACAACACACUGAACACUGAGGUGGAUGACCACGUUGGGUUCCACUUCUGUCAGCCAAGAACAGAAAGCUGAGGCUGCAGUGGGCACAGGAUCACCACAACUGGACAGGUGAAGAGUGAAAAAACAUAGCCUGGUCUGAUGAACCUCGAUUUCUGCUGAGGCUCACAGAUGGUGGCAUCAGAAUUUGGCACCAACAGCAUGAAUUAGUGUUCCUAAUAAUGUGCUCUGUGACUGUAGAUUAGAUCUUUUUGUUACAGGGUCAGACCAAAGCUGUUCAUUUUUGUUCUCUUCUAAACUUUUUUUCCUCUAGAUUUUAAAGAAAUUAUAUACAGGGAUGAGAAUUUUCCGCCGAUUGGCGGAUUUCCGACUUUUUCAGACCAAAAUGAUUGUUUUUGAGAUCGAUGUAAAU